AUGUCUAAACUUUCACUUCAAAACGCUAUACUAACUUUUGAACAACUAGAGGCAACACCUUCGCGUAAAGAUGGCAUUCCGGAAGAACUCGAAGAUGCACUACGACAGCUUGGCUGUGAAUUCAUUCAGUCCGCUGGAAAACCUGGAAGUAAAUUUUUCGGUGCAUCUUCAAAAAUGGAAAGACCACAGGUAGCAAUGGCAACUGCACAACCUUAUUAUUCGUUUCAGGAAAUCGGUAUGGGCGCAUUAUUCCUCGCUUCAAAAGUUCAAGAAUCUUCAUGCAAAAUAAGGGAUUUGAUUAAUGUGUAUCAUUAUUUGAUAAUCCGGUAUCAGAAUAUGCCGUAUAAACCGUUAGAGUAUUUUGGCCAGACAUUCUAUGAUAUGAAAGAUUCGAUUGUUAUUGCAGAAAUGCAAAUACUGAAGCGACUCGGAUUCAACGUACAUGUGCAGCUACCAUAUGGUCUAAUGGUGAAUUAUCUUCAAGUGCUUGAACUUACCGAGCACAAAGAAAUCCCACAAAAGGCUUGGGGAUAUUUAAAUGAUGCCCUUCGAACAAAUAUCUAUGUAUGUUAUCAACCUCCAACUAUUGCUUGCGCUGUGAUAUGGCUUGCAGCUCGCAUAUAUCAGGUCAAAUUACCCACUGAGCCACCGUGGUGGUCAUUGUUCGAGGCCAAAUUGGAGGAUAUCCUUUUUUUUCAAUCUUUACCAGUAUAUCAUCAAAAAAAAAAUGCAGGACAUAUCAUGCGGCUUUACGCUAUUGAAUUACCACCAAAUUUACCACUGACUCUUGAAGAGAUAAAACAACACAUUAAUACGACUCAAUAA